ACCCCUUCUGCGGUUCGACAUUUGCUUUUAGAUUUUUCUUGAUAGUAAUAAUAAUUUACUAUCCACAAAAAUUUAUACGAGUAAGGAGUUCCUGUAAGACACACAUAAGCAAAUCGAGAUAGACUUUUUGUUUCUAUGAAUUUUUAGAUCCGAUUUUUAACCCUAGAUUUUGGAGUGGAAGAGUUUUGAUUUCCGUGUCAUAACAGUAUGGCGCAUCGAAGAUCAAAAUUAUUUUUCUUCUGCAUUUUCUCAUGCUAUGUAAUUGCCAUUUCCGCGAAGAGUUAUUAUGAGAUUCUGCAAGUGCCUAAAGGCGCUUCAGAUGAGCAAAUAAAGCGAGCCUAUCGAAAGCUUGCAUUGAAGUAUCAUCCUGAUAAGAAUCAAGGAAAUGAAGAAGCUAACAAGAGAUUUGCAGAAAUCAGUAAUGCUUAUGAAGUAUUGUCGGAUGGUGAAAAGAGGAGUAUAUACGAUAGGUACGGUGAAGAUGGGCUUAAACAGCAUGCUGCAAGUGGUGGUGGCAGAGGUGGGGGAAUGAACAUUCAAGACAUCUUUAGCUCUUUCUUUGGUGGAGGUCCAAUGGAAGAGGAAGAGAACAUUGCGAAAGGAGAUGAUGUGAUUGUUGAAUUGGAUGCGACGCUAGAAGAUCUAUAUAUGGGGGGUUCCUUGAAGGUGUGGAGAGAGAAAAACGUAAUAAAACCAGCCCCAGGGAAAAGACAAUGCAAUUGUAGAAAUGAAGUUUAUCACAGGCAAAUUGGUCCAGGAAUGUUCCAGCAGAUGACCGAGCAGGUCUGCGAACAAUGCCCAAAUGUGAAGUAUGAAAGGGAAGGCUAUUUUAUCACCGUGGAUGUUGAAAAAGGCAUGCAAGAUGGUCAAGAAGUGGUCUUCUAUGAGGACGGUGAGCCCAAAAUAGAUGGUGAAGGUGGAGAUCUGAAGUUUCGCAUCCGUACUGCACCUCAUGAUGUCUUCACAAGGGAAGGAAAUGACAUCCGUACAACAGUUACAAUUACUUUGGUGCAAGCCCUUGUCGGUUUUGAGAAGACCAUUAAACACCUUGAUGAUCAUCUCGUGGAUAUUAGCUUUAAGGGUAUUACAAAGCCCAAGGAAGUAAGGAAAUUUAAAGGUGAAGGGAUGCCGUUACAUUUUAGCAACAAGAAGGGAGAUUUAUAUGUCAUGUUUGAGGUUUUGUUUCCCACUUCACUAACGGAGGACCAGAAAACAAAGAUCAAGGAAGUUCUUGGAUAGAAGUUACAGUUUUCUACUCCGAUCGAUCUAAAAUAUUUCCCGUUGUUACAUGGCCGUUCAUGUGGAAGAUUCAAACCACACCUUCGUAGCUUAAGAGCUGAAUUUGGCAGUAAAAUGUGUCAUUUUCUUCGUGUACUGCUAUUGAAUUGAUAUUAUAUUCAACUGAGUUGAGGGACUAGAUAGCAUAGCAUUGAGUUGUAGAUUGUUAUUGUGCAUUGCAUUUCGUUUAUGCUGAAGGUUUUUGAUAUGCCUCUCGCAAUAUUUCCAUGAUAUCUAAUCACUUUUUAUGUUA